CGGUUGAGGUCAACAUGUGCGUGUCAUCGGUGGUUGUUAUCGCCGUGUUGUUUCUCGAGUGAAAACAUGUGAUAAAGAUAUUUGCAAGACAUCCUAACUUAAUAUCAGGCUGUAGGCCAAUGAUGCAAAGGUGUAUUCGCCGUCACGGUCUGACGCCUCUGUGUAAUUAGUAACCUAUGCGAAAGAGCAGUCAUGGACAAGAGGUGUAGAUCUCUGCUCCAGGACCUGUGUUUGUUCAGUGAACAUGGGCGUGGUCAUCUUCCGACGCUGGUGUCCAGACUGGGGGAGAUGGGAACCGCGUUGCAGCAGCCCGGCUCUGAAGGGGUUCAGCUGGUCACUCAUCUUGUGGACACCUACUUCACAUGUCUGGGAUGUUCAAAACUGUCCAAACAAAUUGAAAAGGUUCUGAGCAGUGUUCCGCCUUCCAUGGCGCCAGUGGUUGAGUCUCAGAUGACUGUCAGAGUGCAGGAACUGCUGACAAACACUGGUUUACUGCACAAAGUUAGCUGUGUUAUGGAACAGAGUAAAGUGGCAAGGGAGGUAAUUCACAGGCAUCUGUCUGACUUGUGUUGUUGCCUGCAUACAGCCAUCGACAGCAUCCUCCAUGAAGACGCCCAGCCACAGCAGGCAGCUACCAUGUACACUGUGGUCAAGAUCAGCCUACAGGUGGCACAACACUUCAGUGAGGAUCUGCGCCGUGCCGUGUGGCUGCACAACCAAGUUGAUGCUGAACAUCUCACGGAGCAUGUCUCACUACUCUUUCAAAACCUUUUGGCAGUUCUAACCUGCAGUGGCUAUUCUCCCGACGUCUAUCUCUUCGGCGGGACAUCUGUGGCCAUGUUGCUGAACCAGUCACCAGAUCCACACGCAAGUGUUGAGAGCCUCGGUCAGAUAUUCCAGGUCAUUGCUGAUGGAUCUGGGUGCUGCCACCUAGGUCAUCUUAAGAUGAAUAUUUUGAAGAUGGAUGGCCAGGAGAGCAACAGGUUUGCUGAGUUGGCGCUUAUUAGAGCUGUACUCAUGUGUUGUCGUCCAGACAUCCUGAGUCUCAGUACUGACAUCCUGCUACCUGACAAGGGAGGUAACUCAUGCCAAGUACCAGUCCGUGACAACCAACUGUUACUGAGGCUAUUCCCGAGAGUAGUGAGGCUUUGUGGUGACCAGACGUCAAAUCAGUAUCAUGCCUUUCAAAUUCUGUCCCACUGGUUCAAGAGUUUACACAAAUGCCUUCCUAUUCUACACUCAAAUCAUGACACAGUUGGUUUUACAUCUAAGGAUUCAGUAUACCUUGAGAAAACACUGAAGCUUGUGUUUCUCAACUGGGACAGUCCAGUAGAUGGCGUGGCAGUCUUUGUUUGUGAGAUAUUCCAGGCGGUGUUGUCUGUGUGGAGCUGGGAGCGGACGUACAGGGGGAUGGACAGUAACAGACUCAGCGAGGAGCUCCUGUCUCGCCUCCUGGACAUCCCGUGGUAUGCGAGGGGGAAGUACAAGCUGUUGAAGCUACUCCUGCCAUACGUAGACAUCAGAAAGCUGUUUGCUGAUGCAUGCCUGAAGGGACAUCUCCUGCAGUGUAUGGCAUCGAAUGACCUGUCACCCCCUGCUGCGGAUGUUUACAAGAGCUGUUUGCAGCAAAUAAGGAAUGUCUGUGAGGAGGAGAAUCAGCUGACUCUGUGGCGAGAGGCGUGGCUGGACGUUCUCCUGGCUGGACUCUUCAGUGAUGAACCCCUGCUGUUCAGGAAGAUGGGUGACUAUUGGAUCCCAAUGACGCUGAAGUUGCUACCGGUGUCUGCAGCGUUCCUGCUGCGUCAUGUGUGCGAGCUGAGACGUGAGAGCCUGUGUGAGGCGCGCAGAAGGCGGGCCCUGUACGUGUGGCUUGUCAUACUCCGCAGCACCAGGAACAAGGGGCUCCAGGAACAGGAUUUCAAUGUUCAGCUGCUGACCGAAGCCUUGUACUCGAGAGAUGAAGAAGUCAGAGGGGAGGCAGUCGCUUUCCUUUGUAUAACGAUGAAACAAACAGAACUGCUAACUGAGAAGGAGGUGGAUCUGCUAAAGAGUGGUCUCCCCUUGUGUCUGCGAGUAGAUUCAGCUCCUUUCCGCCAAAACCUGGCUUCCAGCAUGAAGAAACUGAUGAUCCGACUCCGUAAUGGCUGUCUGGCAGGGAUCAAGAAGAAGCAGCAGGAGAGAGAACUGGUCAGGUCCCUGGGUUUCCUUGACUGGCUGCAUGGGACGUUGAUGGACAGCUUGUUGCCCGGCGCCAGCUUCCAACGCCGUAAGACCUGCCUGGAGAUCCUGAAUGUCAUCUACGACACCCUGGUGUAUGUGCCCGGUGGGGGAACGCCGCUGAGGGGGCAGGCUCAAGAGAGGUGUGUACAGAUUGUUGACUACGCUCACCGCCUGGGUCUGUGUGAUUUCUUCUCCUGGAGGUCCAUGGUGGCCGUGUGCUCCUGUAUCACCGACGGCGCUGACGAGGUGCAGGAGUUGAGUGCGGAGCUCCUGAUGCGUUUCUUCCCGUGGUCCGCGCCCAGACAACGCGGGUACCACCCCGGGGAACUAGCUUGUCACCUUCUCCGAACUGCUAUCCAUCUCUGCAGCAGCCCGCGGCCAUACGAGACUCAGAGUGGUGCACUCAUCUGUAACAUCGUCUUUGUCAAGUAUGCCGGUGAGCAGGGGGCAGUGUUCAGCCGGGAGUCGGGAGGAGGUUUCACCUGCACACUGACAGCCUCAUCCCAGGCUCAUCCUCAGUUCCUGCAGCUGCUGCUGGGGGAGAUCCAGCAGUCUCUGGUGCUGGCCAAGACCAACCUGGUGCUGGCGUCCAGACAAAGCUCCAUUCAUGGUUUGAUACAGGCCAUUACGUUAUGUCUCAAGUCUCGGCAAGCUCAUUGUGACCUGGACCUUCCUGAAAGUCUGCUUCUGGAUCUGCUGAAGGUCAAUGUGAAGGUGAUUCAGAUGACCUUGUCAGUGACCUCUGGUGGCAAUGAGAAAGAGAGCUGCCCAUCGUUUGCAGAGCUGGGUGUUGCACUUGAUAGCCUUGUAUCGGGGGAGCGGGAGGGAGAAUCGCUGUCACUGACACCGCAGUUCCAGUUCAUGCUGUCCUGGUGCUGGGUCAACCUAAAGGAAAGCUGUACUUGUCUUGGUGAGGUCACUGCCUCUCUGGUGAGCUUCCGGACCUCGGAGAGACCGACAUGGCUGUCGGAGCUACAAGGUGUGGGCCAGAUGUAUGUACAAGUCCUCACCAGCUGUCGGAUCAGGGGUGCCAUUGAAGGCUGUCGCCAUGGGUUCCUGCGGUACUGCUCGGCACUGAUGUCCUGUGAUGAGCCCGCUCUAGCAGCCAUACCAGCAGACAUUCUGUACCAGAUAAUGAGUAGCCUGGAGAGCAACUUGAUGUCGGUGUCCGUGACUCGCAGGUCCGCGGGGCUGCCUGUCAUCGUGCAGGUCAUUGCCCAGGCUGAGCAGAGGAGGAGACAGCACCGGCUCCUGACCCAGUCAGUUGUGACUCUGUUCCGCCUGGCGUCGGCUCCCUUCAUGCCCCAGGCUGACCAGACACAGGACGUCUGCCAGGUCCACGCCCUCAACAUCCUCAAGGCGCUGUUUGGUGAUGCCACGCUGGUGCUCAGCCUCAUGCCCAGAUUCACCGAGGUCCUCCUCAUCAUCUUUGACGGGUUUGAGUCCCCAAGCUGGGCCAUCAGGAAUGCCGCUACACAGCUCUUCGGGACAAUGGUGAGUCGCAUGUUUGGCCCGCGAGGGAAGGCAGGCACCAGUCAAAAGAUGAUGACUUUCCAGGAGUUGUCUGCCCAUUACCCACACCUACCAACAGCCAUGUUGUCAAGGCUGGAGACCCCCUGUACCAACGUCGACAGUGUUGACAAUCUGCAUCCAUCUUUGUUCCUGGUGCUCACCUUGUUGGCCAGCCUUGGUCCAGAGGAGUCCCAGUCAACAGACCAGAUUGAGAGGGUGUUCAGAGAGAAGAUAUCCUUGUCGUUACAUAGUCCGGUGUAUACCCUCCGUGAGUUGUCGGCCCGAGCAGCCGUCACUUUCAUACCUCUGGACAGUGGAGAGCAGGAGGCUUUGAAACUUGUGGCGAGCCUACCAACUUCAUGUGACCAGAUUCAGGGGCACAAUCUGCUACAUGGAGCGUUACUCUGUGCAGAAAAGUUGAUUCUAAGUCGAGAAUUUAAUAAGAAGUUUAGGCACAGGUUAUUGACUGCGGUCCUAGACAAGAGCUGGAUCCACACCGAGCUGAGGCACUGCCCUCUCAUUGCUGCUAAAUAUGUGCAGAUAAUAAAACAUUUAAUACAAGACUGGGAUAGUGAAGAAAGUUUAAGAAUGUCCAUUGUUAGUUUAUUUAAAUCUACAACAGAGAGAAAACGUUCCAGCAAGUUACAGAUUGGGACUGGACUCGAAGUAAAGGAUUCAAUGUUAUGUAUUACUCAUCUUCUUCGCGACUCGCCGGGAGUUUUAACAAGGCAGUGCUGUGAUUGGCUGCAAUUGGAUGACUGUGACGUCUGCUCUGUCUGUCUCGACAUCUUACUUAAUAUGGCGGUGAGCAGCAGGACAAGCAGUGUGGACUGGACCCAGAUUCAGCGCCAUCUAUGGAUGCUGCUACAGAGAGAUGUGGGGAUCUCCGCCCUGACAGCAGCCAUGUCUCUUCUGGCAGAGAUACAUCUCCAUCAGCUGACGCCGGAACACUCCGACUUCACCAUGGACGACCUGCAUCGGGUUCAGUCCCUGUGCGGAAGUGGGUCCAGUAUUCACGCCGCUAGUAUCCAGGUGGAGGCCAUCUUGGUCAACAACACACUAAGGCUUAAACCUCCUCUUACAGAUUCCUUCAAGUCAUCAGUUCAGGAAUGGUGUCGGCGAGUUCACACCAUGAGUGAUCCUCGUCAGAACGACAGUCUGAGGUCUGCUGCAGUCAAGUCCCUGUUGGUAGCAGGGGAGACAAUCCUCGGUGUCUUUGUGAACAACAACAACAAGUCAUUACCAGAGUCCGUGCUCAACUGUGUGAUGGACUCCGUGUUCACGCUACUCGAGGAUGGGGAUGCAGACAUCAGGGACAGGGCUGCCCAGUUCGUCGGCUCUCUACACUGGGAGCAGAGACACAUACAAUUCUCCGAUGUUGACAGUAGUACCUGCCAAAAGAUGUUCUGCCAGUACAUCAGUGCCAACCUGACCUGGCCCCCCUCAGUACCCAUGUACCUCCUGAUGAAGAUCUACAACGCAGGGGAGAUAAUCCAGGCAUGCAGGAGUAACAGACUGAACACUAGGUCGGAAGUGUUGUUUGAGCAGGAGGACAGCAGCAUCCUGUCCGAGAAGCCAUUACAGCAACAGAUGUAUUACUCAGCUGUCAGGGCACUUCUCCGUGGCAGUGUAGACAUGCUACCAGCUUCCUAUGUGGCCCAGACAGCUGCUGAAAUAUUGACAGACCUCACAACUUGCAUACCAGUCUUACAGAAGAGCUUGCAAAAUGCUCCCAUCUUGAACAUCAGCAGCGACAGCAGCGUCUACUCCUCAGUUGCUGGUCUCAUCCUUGUAGCAGAUGUUGUGGUGACAGUGGCAGAUGCAGGAGUAGCUGGAGACAUACAGACAGGGCUAGCUGAACUGGGACAGAUAACAGAUCUCCAUCCUGGAUUGAGGGCCAUGUUAAACAAGCUCCUGUCCGACCAGCCCAAGUGAUGUGCUGGGGCUGCCACUGGUUUGUUUGACUUUGAAUUGAAUUAUUAAACCACACUGUUUUGAUGUCACCAUGUUACUUUGUCUCUUCGUUCUUUCAUUAAUUAUUGUGCUCACAGAUCCUUUUCGUCCUUUACAUAUUUAUAACAAUUUUAGAGACUGUAUACCAUUUAUGGGAUUUUAAAGUAUUGAUCCCUCUUAUGUGGGUUUUAUAAUGUGCCAUAGACAUAUAGUGACAUGCUUGAGUGUGUGCAUGUGCG